UUAUUUGCAUCACAUGUAUAUACCCAUACACCCAUUUUGUUUCAACCAAACUUAUUCUAAAUUCUACAAGAAAGAAUCACUUAUUUCUAACGAGUUUCUUGCAACCCAAGCUACAAUGGAUUCCGAAAUCGCUUUCGACAGGUCACCCUCGUAUCGAGUCUACAAGAGUGGCCGCAUCGAGCGUAUGUUGGGAGAAACAACGGUCCCACCGUCUCUACACCCACAAAACGGCGUCGUCUCCAAAGACGCACUCUACUCGCCGGAGAAAAACCUCUCCCUCCGCAUAUACCUCCCGGAGAAAGCCGGAGAAAAACUCCCUCUCCUCGUGUACUUCCACGGCGGCGGCUUCGUGGUCGAAACCGCGUUCUCGCCCACUUACCACGCUUUCCUCACUUCAACCGUCGCCGCCGCGAACUGCAUAGCCGUGUCAGUGGACUACCGCCGCGCGCCGGAGUUUCCGAUUCCUAUCCCGUACGAAGACUCGUGGGACGCUCUCGAGUGGGUGUUCUCUAGACGGGAGCGUUGGAUAAACACUCACGCCGACUUCAAGAACGUGUACCUCGCCGGAGAUAGCGCCGGAGGAAACAUCGCGCAUCAUCUAGCCGUUAGAGCCGCAAAGAAAGAGAAACUGCUCACCAUCCGCGGCGUUAUCUUGAUUCAUCCCUACUUCUGGGGGAAGACUCCGCUUGACGAUCUGGAGACGAGAGAUGAAGCCAUGAGGAAGAGGAUCGAAGGUGGGUGGAGAACCGCGAGUCCGAACAGCGUAGACGGGGCGGAUGAUCCGUUGAUUAACGUGGUCGGAUCCGAGUAUUCGGAUCUUUCUGAGCUAGGCUGCGGACGGAUUCUUGUGGUGGUGGCGGGAGAUGACCCGUUUGUGAGACAGGGUUUUGGUUACGUGGGGAAGCUGGAGAAGAGUGGAUGGGAAGGGGAAGUGGAGUUGAUGGAGGUUAAAGGUGAGAGUCAUGUUCAUCAUUUGAAGAAUCCUGAUAUUGAUAAUGCUGGUCGAGUUGUGAAGAAGGUUGCGGAAUUUAUUAAUAAAGUAACGAACUGAUUAUUUGAUAUAUAUGUAUCCGCCGUUACAUAUAAGCUAUGCUCAAUAUAUAUGCAUGUGUGCAUGUCACUAUGUCAGUAUUAAAGCCAUGACUAAAAUAUAUUCAAAAAGUGUAUAUCCAAGUAGUAGUAGAUAGAUGAGCAGAUACACUGAGAAGCUAAGAAGAGCCGAAAAGGGAACUAGGCUAGGUUGCAACAUGAGGCUCAUGCUAUUUAACACAUUUGUUAUGUAUAUUUGACUUGUUCU